AUUUUUCCCUUUCCCCCCUUUUUUUUUUUCUUUCAUUUUUUCCCUUUUUCCCCCUUUUUUCCCCCUUUUUCCCCCCUUUUUUUUCCCCCAUUUUUUUUUAAUUUCCUGACCUCGCCGCCUCCUCGGAUCUCUCUUAUUCAAACCCACCCCCCCCCCCGCCUCCGCGGGGCCGGGCGCCGCCACCCCGAGCUGCCCAUGGAUCGCAGCGGCGGCCCCGGCGGGGGCAGCGGCGACCGCGGGCAGCAGCAGCAGCCGGAGGAGGGCAAGGGGCCGCCUCCCCCCGACGUACCCGGGCCCGAGGGGGGCCCCAAAAUGGGCGCCGCUCCCUGCCGCCGGCCCCCGCUGCACUGCAACGGCAUGAGGUACAAGCUGCUGCAGGAGGGGGACAUCCAGGUGUGCGCCAUCCGGCACCCCCGGACGUUUCUCAGCAAGAUCCUCACCUCCAAGUUCCUGCGCCGCUGGGAGCCGCACCACUUGACCCUGGCGGACACCGGCGUCGCCUCGGCCACGCCAACUGGGUACAUGGAAAACUCCAUUUCUUACAGUGCUAUUGAAGAUGUUCAACUGCUGUCCUGGGAGAACGCCCCUAAGUACUGUUUACAGCUCACAAUCCCGGGGGGUACUGUCUUACUGCAGGCUGCAAACAGUUACCUGAGGGAUCAGUGGUUCCAUUCUUUGCAGUGGAAGAAAAAGAUUUACAAGUACAAGAAGGUGCUCAGUAACCCCAGCCGCUGGGAGGUGGUGUUGAAGGAGAUCAGGACGCUGGUGGACAUGGCGCUGACGUCUCCGCUUCAGGACGAUUCCAUUCACCAAGCCCCACUGGAGAUUGUCUCAAAACUGCUCUCAGAGAACAACAACUUAACCACUCAAGACCAUGAGAGCAUUAUUGUGGCAAUUGCACCUUUGCUGGAAAACAACCAUCCUCCUCCUGACCUCUGUGAAUUCUUCUGCAAGCACUGCCGAGAGCGCCCGCGGUCGAUGGUUGUGAUAGAAGUGUUCACGCCAGUGGUACAGAGGAUUCUCAAACACAACAUGGAUUUUGGGAAAUGCCCUCGGUUGCGUCUGUUUACUCAGGAGUACAUUCUGGCUUUGAAUGAGCUGAAUGCUGGAAUGGAGGUGGUGAAGAAGUUUAUUCACAGCAUGCAUGGUCCGACUGGACAAUGUCCCCAUCCCAGGGUCCUGCCAAAUCUCGUGGCUGUCUGCUUAGCAGCCAUUUAUUCAUGUUAUGAGGAAUUUAUCAACAGCCGAGACAAUUCGCCGAGCCUGAAGGAAAUUCGGAAUGGCUGCCAGCAGCAGUGCGACCGAAAGCCUAAUCUCCCCCUCCGCCUUCUUCACACGAGUCCUGACCUGGUCUCUCAAGAGGCCACCUUGACUGAAUCGCGGCUCAAACCAGUCAUCGUCACUUCGAACGAGAUCCACGUGGAAGUGGAGCGCAACAACACGGCUAACCAGAAGAUGACAGCCAACGUGGGCAAUGACAGCGAGCCCAACCUGAUCGACUGCUUGAUGGUCAGUCCCACCUGCAGCACCAUGAGCAUUGAGCUCAGCGCCCAGGCAGACAGGAUCCUCGGCUGCUAUGUCGAAAUACUCAAGAUGCUGUCAGACUAUGAUGACUGGAGACCAGCCCUGGCCAGCUUGCUUCAGCCUAUCCCGUUUCCCAAGGAGGCGCUUGCACAUGAGAAAUUCACAAAGGAGCUGAAAUACGUGAUUCAGAGAUUUGCAGAAGACCCGAGACAAGAAGUCCACUCAUGUUUGCUGAGUGUGCGGGCUGGCAAAGACGGCUGGUUCCAGCUCUACAGCCCUGGAGGAGUGGCGUGUGAUGAUGAUGGAGAGCUGUUUGCCAGUAUGGUUCAUAUUUUAAUGGGAUCCUGCUAUAAAACAAAGAAGUUCCUGCUUUCACUGGCUGAAAAUAAAUUAGGACCUUGCAUGCUACUGGCUUUGAGGGGUAACCAGACGAUGGUAGAGAUUUUGUGUUUGAUGCUGGAAUACAACAUCAUCGAUAAUAAUGACACGCAGCUCCAGAUCAUCUCUACCCUGGAAAGCACAGACGUGGGAAAGAGAAUGUAUGAACAGCUGUGUGACAGGCAGAGGGAGUUAAAAGAGCUGCAAAGAAAAGGUGGUCCCACAAGGUUAACACUGCCAUCCAAGUCCACAGAUGCAGACCUGGCCCGCUUGCUAAGCUCGGGAUCUUUUGGAAAUUUGGAAAAUCUCAGCCUGGCCUUUACCAAUGUAACAAGUGCUUGUGCCGAGCACCUCAUUAAACUGCCUUCACUCAAGCAGCUGAACCUGUGGUCAACUCAGUUCGGGGAUGCGGGGCUGCGGCUUCUGUCGGAACACCUCACGAUGCUGCAAGUGCUCAACCUGUGCGAGACGCCCGUCACGGACGCCGGGCUGCUGGCGCUUAGUUCCAUGAAGAGCCUGUGUAGUUUAAAUAUGAACAGCACCAAACUUUCAGCAGAUACCUACGAAGAUCUCAAGGCUAAACUGCCCAACCUGAAAGAAGUGGAUGUUCGCUACACCGAAGCGUGGUGAACUCUCCCUGCCUCCAACUCUCUCUUUUGCUUCUGACAGGAAGGAAAAGAGUUUUAAAACAAACAAAGAAAAACAAAUCGGAAAAAAAUAACUUUUGGCUAAUAUCUGUAGAGCAGUGAGUGCUGGGACUUGGUGGUAGGAGUCGUGGUAUGAGGUGGAGGAAUUGUGUGUGUCAGGGGACAGGGAAGGCCUGGACCUGGCCGAAUUCUUGCAGCUUUGUGAUUUCGGAAUCAACAUAAUUUAAAUUGAAAAGGAGAGAAUUUAAAAAAAAAAAAAGAGGAAAAAAGAGGA